UUGGCACAAAUGGAAUAUCAACUUCUGAGGCUAACAAAAAUGUGGGCUCACCUUGAACGUCAGGCGGGAGGCAAGUUAAGGGAAUGGGUGAGAAACAAAUUGAAGUGGACAAGCGUAUAUUACGCACUCAAAUUGGUGAGUUGAGAAAAGAGUUAGAAUCUGUCCGGAAGCAUCGGAAGCAAUAUCGAUAUCGUCGCUUAUCUGUGCCAGUUCCUAUCAUGUCUUUGGUUGGAUACACAAAUGCUGGAAAGAGUACACUUUUGAAUCACUUGACUGGAGCUGAAGUUCUUGCAGAGGAUCAGUUAUUUGCAACCUUAGAUCCAACUACAAGAAGGGUCCAGAUGAAAAAUGGGAAUGAAUUCCUUCUGACUGAUACCGUAGGAUUUAUUCAAAAGCUACCCACUAUGCUGGUUGCCGCAUUCAGAGCAACAUUAGAGGAAAUAUCUGAGUCAUCGCUUCUAGUUCAUGUUGUGGAUAUCAGCCAUCCAUUAGCUCAGCAACAGAUGGAUGCUGUCGAUAAGGUUCUACAAGAAUUAGAUGUGGCGUCAAUUCCAAAGUUGGUUGUGUGGAAUAAGGUUGACAAGACUGAUGAUCCACAAAGAGUAAAAACUCAAGCUGAAAAACAAGGUGUAGUUUGCAUAUCAGCAAUAAAUGGUGAUGGUCUAGAGCAAUUCUGCAAUGCAAUUCAAACAAAACUUAAGGAUUCAUUGGUACCAGUUGAAGCUUUUGUUCCAUAUGACAAAGGGAUGCUCCUGAAUACCAUACAUCAAGUUGGAAUGGUGGAGGAAACAGAAUACAUGGAGAAUGGGACUGUAGUGAGAGCACAUGUGCCCCUUCCACUUGCAAGGUCACUCACACCAAUGAGGCAACAACAUGUGGCUUCAGGUUGCUAAAAAUAUGAUAAGCUUAUUUCUCUAAUAGCUUCUUGCCAGUUUUCUUCUCAGGCCCCCUGUUCGUGAAUUGAGAUAUGGUAAAUAUUUUGUAUAUAUUUUGGCCAAGAUUUAGCGUAAGAGCUUGAUCUUGUUGUAACAUUAUACUCAUGUAGAUAAAACUAAAGAUAUCUUAAUUGAUGACAUGAAAUUUUAUGAUUA